AUGAAGAUAUUCAACCGGUUCCGGAAACUUCUCGUCCGCCUCCUCUUCUCCGUCGGCGAGAAGAAAGGGGGCGACAAUUAUCCGGCGGCGGCGGCGGCGGGAGAGAGGGCUGACCCGCCCAAGACCUCUUGUAGCUCUUAUUACUCGACCCAGCUGCAUUACAGCGAGGCCAUUGCCGACUGCAUCGAGUUCUUGAAUAAGGCUGCUGGUUCGCCCGACGGGCCGGCGGCCGGUUCGAUCGAUCACCCUGAUGUUUGGGUUUGA